AUGUCUGUCACUGCGCGCGCGUCUCCGUGUCUCUAUAUAAGUUUGUCCAUCGUUCUCACUCGACCCACCUGUUUUUGCGUGACUGUUUUCUCUUUCUCUCCCCAUUGUUUGUUUCUCUCUCUCUUUCUCUCUCUCUCUCUCUCUCUCUGCGUAUGUGUGCGCGUCUCUCGCAUGUUCCCGCGAACUGACACACAUGAAGUCCUUCUCUUUCUUUUCUCUCUCUCUCUCCCUCUCUCUCUUAAUCCCUUUUUUUCGUUUCUUCCAUUUUUUCUUCCUUCUUCAGACACAGUUCACCUUUUUUUCUUUUUUUUAAAUUUUCUUUAUCAUUACACUUCUCAAACGUUUUCAUUCUUCUUUCUUCUUUUCUCUUCUUCUUUCUUCUUUUCUCUUCUUUUCUCCUCUUCUUUCUUUUCUUUCUUUUCUCUUCUUUCUUCUUUUCUCUUCUUUUCUUCUUUUUUCUCUUCUUUUCUUCUUUUUUUCUUUCUUUCUUUUUUCUUCUUCUCUCUUCUUUUUUUUUCUUCUCUCUUCUUUUUUCUUCUUCUUCUUCUUUUCUUUUUUUUUCUCUUCUUCUUUUUUCUUUUUCUUCUUUUCUUCUUCUUUUCUUUUCUUUUUUUCUUUUUCUUCUUCUUCUUUUUUCUUUUUUUUUCUUUCUUUUCUUUUUCUUUCUUCUUUUUUUUUCUUUUCUUCUUUUUUUUUUCUUUCUUCUUUUUUUUUCUUUUCUUCUUUUUUUUUUUCUCUUUUUUUUUUCUUUUCUUUUUUUUUUUUCUUUCUUUUUUUUUUCUCUUCUUUUUUUCUUUCUUUUUUUUUUCUUUUUUUCUUCUUCUUUUCUCUUCUUCUUUCUUUUUUUCUUUCUUUUUUUUUUUUUUUUUUUUUUCUUCUUUUUUCUUUUUUUUUUCUUCUUCUUUUUUUUUCUUUUUUCUUCUUUUCUUUUCUUUUUUUUUCUUUUCUCUUCUUCUUUUCUCUUUUCUUUUCUUCUUUUCUUUCUUUCUUUUCUUUUUCAUUCUUCUUUUUUUUCUUUCUUUUUUUCUUUUCUUUCUUUCUUUUCUUCUUUUUUCUUUUUUCUUCUUUUCUUUUUUUUUUUUCUUUUUCUUUUCUUUUCUCUUUUCUUUUUCUUCUUUUCUUUUUUUCUUUUCUUUUUUUUCUUCUCUUUUUUUUUCUUUUCUUUUUUUUUUUCUUUUUUUCUUUUUUUCUUUUCUUUUUUUUCUCUUUUUUUCUUUUUCUUCUUUUUCUUUUUUCUUCUUCUUUUUCUUUUUUUUCUUCUUUUUUUCUUUUCUUUUCUUCUUUUUCUUUUCUUUUCUUUUCUCCUCUUUUUUCUUUUCUUUCUUUUUUUUUUUUUUCUUCUUUUUUUUUUUUUUUUUCUUUUUUUUUCUUUUUUUUUUUUUCUUUUUUCUUUUUUUCUUUUUUCUUUUUCUUUUUCUCUUCUUUUCUUUUUUUUUUCUUUUUUUUUUCUUUUCUCUUCUUUUCUUCUUUUCUUUUCUUUUUUCUUCUUUUUUUUUUUUUCUUUUUUCUUCUUUUCUCUUCGUCCUUCUUCUUUUUUUUUUCUUUUCUUUUUUCUUCUUUUCUUUUUCUUUUCUCUUUUUUCUUCUUUUCUUUUUUCUUCUUUUUCUUUUUCUUUUUUCUUUUUCUUUUUUUUUUCUUUUUUUUCUUUCUUCUUUUUUUCUUUUUUUUUUUUUUUUUCUUUCUUUUUUUCUUUUCUUUUUUUUUUUUUUUCUUCUUUUUUUUUUCUUCUUCUUUCUUCUUUUCUCUUCUUUUAAAUUUUCUUUUUUUCUUUUCUUUUUUUCUCCUCUUUUUCUUUUCUUUUUUUUUUUUCUUUUUUUUCUUUUCUUCAUUUCUUUCUUUUUUCUUUUUUAUUUUUUUCUCUUCUUUUUUUCUUUUCUUUCUUUUUCUUUCUUUUCUUUUUUUUUUCUUCUUUUUUUCUUUUCUUUCUUCUUCUUUUCUUUUUUUUUUUUCUUUUUUCUUUUUUUUUAUUUUUUCUUUCUUUUUUUUUCUUUUCUUCUUUUCUUUUUUUUUUUUUCUUCUUUCUUCUUUUCUUUUUUUUUUUUCUUUUUCUUUUUUUUUUCUUUCUUCUUUUCUUUUUUUUUCUUUCUUUUUUUUUUUUCUUUUUCUUCUUCUUUCUUUUUUUUUCUUCUUUUUUUUUAUCUCUUUCUUUGUCAUCCACUCUCACUCUUUGCGAUUUUCUUAUACCUCUCUUCUGCUCUCUCCGUCGGUUUGUUUUACCUCUCUUCUCCUCUUUCCCUCUCAAAUUUUUUAAAAUUCCGCUCUCUCUCUCUUUUUUUUUUUUCUCCCUCUUUUAAUUUCUCUCUCUCUUACAUGAUUUUUUCUCUUCUGCUUUCUAAAAAAAACAGUUUUCCAUCUCUUCCGCUCUCUCUCUCGGUUUGUUUUCCAUCUCUUCCGCUCUCUCUCUCGUUUGUUUUCCUCUCUUCCGCUCUCUUUCGGUUUAAAGUCUCUCUCUUUUUAAUUUCUCUCUUUUUGUUUUUUUGUUUUUCCUCUCUCUCUUUUUUUUUUCCUCUCUUCCGCUCUCUCUCUCGGUUUGUUUUCCCUCUCUUCCGCUCUCUCUCUCUGUUUGUUUUCCCUCUCUUCCGCUCUCUCUCUCUGUUUGUUUUCCCUCUCUUCCCUUUCUUCUCUCUUUUGUUUCCCUCUCUUCCACUUCUUUUCCCUUUUUUCCUCUCUUCUUCUCUCUCUCAGUUUUUUUUUUUUCUCUUCCUUUUCUCUCUCUCAGUUUGUUUCCCUUUUUUUUUUUUCUCUCAGUUUUGUUUUUUUUUUCUUCCGCUCUCUCUCUCUCUCUCUCUCUUUUGUUUCCCUCUCUUUUUUUUCUCUUCUCUCUCAAUUUUUUUCCCCUCUCUUCCGCUUUCUCUCUCUCUUCUCUCUUUUUUUCUCCUUCUUUCUUUCUCUCUCUCUCUUUUUGUUUUCCCCCUCUUUUUUCUUCUCUUUUUUUUUUCCUCUUUUUUUCUCUCGCUUUCUCUCUCUCCAUUCUUUUCCUUUCUUUCUCGGUUUGUUUUCUCUCUCUUCAAUUUCUCUCUCUCUUUUCUUUUCUCUUUCCCUCUCUUUGUUUUUUCUUUCUCUCUCUCUCUCAUUUUCUCUUCUUUUCUCUCUCUCCCUCUUUCUCUCUUUUCUCUCUCUCUCUCUUUUUCUUUUCCCUCUCUUUUGUUUUCUCUCUCUUCCAAAAAUUUCUCUCUCUCUCUUUUUUUUUUCUUUCUCUUCUCUCUCUCUCUCUUCCUUUCUCUUUUUUCCCUCUCUUCCUUCUCUCUCUUUUCUCUCUCUCUCUCUCUCUCUUUUUUUUUCCUUUCUUUUUCUCUCUCUUUCUCUCUCUCUUUUUUUUUCUCUCUUUUCCGCCUCUCUCUCUCUCUCUUUCUCUUUCUUUCUUCCUUUCUCUCUCUCUCUCUCUCUCUCAAUUUUUUUUCCUCUCUCUUCUCUCUCUUUCUUUCUUUUUUUCUUUUCUCUUUUUCUUUCUUUCUUUUCUUUUUUUCUCUUCUCUCUCUCUCUCUCUCUCUUUUUUUUUCUUUUCUCUCUUCUUUUUUUUCUCUCUCUCUUUCUCUCAGUUUGUUUUUUCCUCUUUCUCUCUCUCUCUCUCUUGUUUUUUUUCCCUCUCUUCUCUCUCUCUCUUUCUUCCUCUCUUUCUCUCUCAGUUUUGUUUCAGUUUGUUUUUUUCUUUUCCUCUCUCUCUCUCUCUCAAUUUUUUUUUCCUCUCUUCCUUUCUCUCUCUCUCUCUCUCUCGGUUUUGUUUUUUCUCUUCCUCUCUCUCUCUCUCAUCUCAUCCUCUUUUUCUUUCUUUUUUUCUUCUUUUUUUUUUUUCCUUUUUGUCUUUCUUUCUCUUUCUUUUGUCAGACUUUCUUUCUCUCUUUCUUCCUCUCUUUUUUCUUUCUUUCUUCCUUCUUUGUUUUUUCCUUUCUUUCCUUCUCUUCUUUGUUUUCCUUUCUUUCUUCCUCUCUUUUCUUUCUUUUGUUCUUCCUCUCUUCCUUUCUUUCUUUUUUUCCUCUCUCUUUGUUUCUUUUUCUUUCUUUCUUCCUCUCUUUGUUUCUUUCUUUCUUCCUCUCUUUGUUUCUUUCUUUCUUCCUCUCUUUGUUUCUUUCUUUCUUCCUCUCUUUGUUUCUUUCUUUCUUCCUCUCUUUGUUUCUUUCUUUCUUCCUCUCUUUGUUUCUUUUUGUUUGUUUGUUUGAGUUUUCUUUCUUUCUUUGUUUUUUUGUUUCUUCUUUCUUCCUCUCUUUCUUUCUUUUCUUUUCUUUCUUCCUCUCUUUGUUUUUAUCUUUUGUUUCUUCCUCUCUUUGUUUUGUCUUUUUUCUUCCUCUCUUUGUUUCUUUCUUUCUUUCCUUCUUUGUUUGUUUUUCUUUCUUCUUUGUUUCUCUUUUUUCUUUCUUCCUCUCUUUGUUUCUCUCUUUCUUCCUCUCUUUGUUUCUUUUUUUCUUCCCCUCUUUUCUAUUUCUUCCCCCCCUUUCUCCGUCUCUCUCGUUUUCUUUUCUCUACUUUCUUUUUCUCAUUCGACUCAUCUCUUCUAUCCUCUUUUUUUCUUUGUUUCUCUGA